CCACAGCUGUCUGAGAUGGAGGACGCUUUCACUAUGUCAUCAGAUUCUCAUGCCCUUCCUGCAGCCCCUCCUUCACUUCCUUUACCUUUAUCUUCAUCAUGUACCUCCUCUGGGACUAAAAAACAAAAGAAGAAUCCCACAUAUCAGAGAUCUAUGAGCUUUGAUCCAAACCUUCUCCACAACAAUGGACACAAUGGGUACCCCAAUGGUACUUCAGCAGCAUUGCGUGAAACUGGGGUUAUUGAAAAACUGCUAACCUCUUAUGGAUUUAUUCAGUGUUCAGAACGUCAAGCGAGACUUUUCUUCCACUGUUCACAGUAUAAUGGCAACUUGCAAGACUUAAAAGUAGGAGAUGAUGUUGAAUUCGAAGUCUCAUCCGACCGACGGACUGGGAAACCCAUUGCUAUUAAACUGGUGAAGAUAAAACCAGAAAUUCUCCCUGAAGAACGAAUUAAUGGACAAGUUGUGUGCGCUGUUCCUCACAACUUAGAGAGUAAAUCUCCAGCUGCCCCGGGUCAGAGUCCAACAGGGAGUGUAUGCUACGAACGUAAUGGGGAAGUAUUUUACCUGACGUACACCCCUGAAGAUGUUGAAGGGAAUGUUCAGCUGGAAACUGGAGAUAAAAUAAACUUCGUAAUUGAUAACAAUAAACAUACUGGUGCUGUAAGUGCUCGUAACAUUAUGCUGUUGAAAAAGAAACAAGCCCGCUGUCAGGGAGUAGUUUGUGCCAUGAAGGAGGCGUUUGGCUUUAUUGAAAGAGGUGAUGUUGUAAAAGAGAUAUUCUUUCACUAUAGUGAAUUCAAAGGUGAUUUAGAAGCCUUACAGCCUGGAGAUGAUGUGGAAUUCACAAUCAAAGACAGAAAUGGUAAAGAAGUUGCAACAGAUGUCAGAUUAUUGCCUCAAGGAACAGUUAUUUUUGAAGAUAUCAGCAUUGAGCAUUUUGAAGGAACUGUCACCAAAGUUAUCCCAAAAGUACCCAGUAAAAAUCAGAAUGACCCGUUGCCAGGACGCAUCAAAGUCGACUUUGUGAUACCUAAAGAACUUCCCUUUGGAGACAAAGAUACAAAAUCCAAGGUGACCUUGCUGGAAGGAGACCACGUCAGGUUUAAUAUUUCAACAGACCGACGUGACAAGUUAGAGCGAGCAACCAACAUAGAAGUUCUAUCAAAUACGUUUCAGUUCACGAAUGAAGCUAGAGAAAUGGGUGUAAUUGCUGCCAUGAGAGAUGGUUUCGGUUUCAUCAAGUGUGUAGAUCGUGAUGCUCGUAUGUUCUUCCACUUCAGUGAAAUUCUGGAUGGGAACCAGCUCCAUAUAGCAGAUGAGGUUGAGUUUACUGUGGUUCCUGAUAUGCUGUCUGCCCAAAGAAAUCAUGCUAUUAGGAUUAAAAAACUUCCCAAGGGCACAGUUUCAUUCCAUUCCCAUUCAGAUCAUCAUUUUCUGGGCACUGUAGAAAAAGAAGCCACUUUUUCCAAUCCUAAAACCACUAGCCCAAAUAAAGGCAAAGAAAAGGAAGCUGAGGAUGGCAUUAUUGCUUAUGAUGAUUGUGGGGUGAAACUGACCAUUGCUUUUCAAGCCAAGGAUGUGGAAGGCUCGACUUCUCCUCAGAUAGGAGAUAAGGUUGAAUUUAGUAUUAGUGACAAACAGAGACCUGGUCAGCAGAUUGCAACUUGUGUGCGGCUUUUAGGUCGUAACUCCAACUCCAAGAGGCUCUUGGGUUACGUGGCAACGUUAAAGGAUAAUUUUGGAUUCAUUGAAACAGCCAAUCAUGAUAAGGAAAUCUUUUUCCAUUACAGUGAGUUCUCUGGUGAUGUUGAUAGCCUGGAACUGGGGGACAUGGUUGAGUACAGCUUGUCCAAGGGCAAAGGCAACAAAGUCAGUGCAGAAAAAGUGAACAAGACACACUCAGUGAAUGGCAUUACUGAGGAAGCUGACCCCACCAUCUACUCUGGUAAAGUCAUUCGUCCCUUGAGGAGUGUGGAUCCAACACAGACUGAGUACCAAGGAAUGAUUGAGAUUGUGGAGGAAGGAGAUAUGAAAGGUGAAGUCUACCCAUUUGGCAUAGUUGGAAUGGCCAACAAAGGGGAUUGCCUGCAAAAAGGGGAGAGUGUCAAGUUUCAAUUGUGUGUUCUGGGCCAAAAUGCACAGACUAUGGCCUACAAUAUCACACCCCUGCGUAGGGCCACAGUGGAGUGUGUGAAAGAUCAGUUUGGCUUCAUUAACUAUGAAGUAGGAGAUAGCAAGAAGCUCUUUUUCCACGUGAAAGAAGUGCAGGAUGGCAUUGAGCUCCAGGCCGGAGACGAAGUGGAAUUCUCAGUGAUCCUGAAUCAGCGCACUGGCAAGUGCAGCGCCUGUAACGUUUGGCGAGUCUGCGAGGGCCCCAAGGCUGUUGCGGCUCCGAGACCUGAUCGGUUGGUUAAUCGGUUGAAGAACAUCACGCUGGACGAUGCCAGUGCUCCUCGCCUAAUGGUCCUUCGUCAGCCCAGGGGACCAGACAAUUCCAUGGGUUUUGGUGCAGAAAGAAAGAUCCGUCAAGCUGGUGUCAUUGACUAACCACAUCCACAAAGCACAUCAUUAAUCCACUAUGAUCAAGUUGGGGGGAUUCUGGUGAAGGGUUCUGAAUAUCUCCCCCUUCAUCCCUCCCAAAAUCUGGAAUACUUAUUCUAUUGAGCUAUUACACCAGUUUUAACACCUUCCUCGUGUUAUGUUUAAAAAAAAAUAAAUAAAUUUAAGAAAACCAUUUUAAAAUUAUGCACAGUUGCAGCCUGGAAAACUUAAGGUGGCGCCUUCUAGUAUCAAUUUUAGGAGCUUUAUUUGGUGCAUAUAACGCAACUGGUAAUUGCAAGAUUCACUUCGCCUGUGUCAAUGAAAAUAGAGACUGUUAUUUUGUUGGCCCUAUGAAAUUCUGCACUCGCUAAAUACGUAGAUAUACUCUACCUUCAUUACUUCUGGCAAAAUGUUCUGCCUUAGCACUCAGUUGCAUUCUCCUUUUCUUUCCUGUUCGGUAUGCUUAAGUCUGAGGACCAUUUGAGGGUAGACGAUGUAACCUUUAAACAUUUUACAAGAAUUUGUGUAGACAAACCAUUUCCUUCAGUUGAUGGCCAAAUGUUAAAAAAUGUUAUUUUUUCAUUUAUAAUUUUGCCACAGUCCACUUCUCGAAGUUUGGUUGGAUUUCAGUAAAAUUCUCUUACAAAGCAGGUUUGGGUUUGUUUGGGAAUUUUUCGGAAGGAUAGGGGUGGUUUUGUUUUGUCCCUGGGGCGGGCGGGGUGGGGCGUGACUUUACUACAAUUAGUUUGUGUGGUGCAGAAUUUCAUGCAAAUGAGGUGUGCCAGCAAUGUGCUAAUCGAACACAUUUAAACCAACAACAACAAAAAAGGUCGAAUGCACAAACUUGCUGCUGCUUAGACCACUGCAGCUUCUAGGAACCCGAUUUCUUUUACUGAUUUCAAGACAAAACAAACAAACGAACAAACAAAAAAAAAUUAAAUAAAAAAUAAAAAAAAAGUUGUGCCUGAAA